AUGGCUGAUGUAGAAAAACAAAAUGAUGAUCCACUAGAAGAACAAAAAGAAGAUGAAGACGAAGACGAAAGUGAAGAAGAAGAUGAAGACGAAAGGGAAGAAGAAGAUGAAGACGAAAGUGAAGAAGAAGAUGAAAAAGAAAAUGAAACAAAUGAUGACAAUAUAUCAUCAUUAUUCGAACAAAUAUGCGAAGAACUAAUUAGUAUGCGUCAAGAUGACCUUGAAUUGGCAGAACAAUUAACAUCUCUUUAUGAUGAUCUGUGUCGUCUUCGACAAAUACUUACAAAUUCUCAACUAAAUUAUAAUAGAGAUAUUAUAGAUCUACCAAUUCAUAUAGAUUCUUCAACAUCAAGUUAUUUUCAUCCAAAACAACGUUCAGACAGUGAACCAAAUAUAUUAAGUGAUCGUUUACGUCUAAUAACAAUAUUAGAUGAUUUACAAUAA